AUGCGUAAUGGAGUCUUUCGAUGUUACUGCAUUGUAAACGACGUCUCCAACGACUCGGCUAUGCAGGCAGUUUUUGAGCUUUUAACUGAACACCAGAGCUCUAUAAACAUGUAUGGCUUUUCCGUGGAGCAGUUGAUGGUUGUUCUCAGGGAAUGUCUCAAAUGCACUGUCUUUAGAUGGUCGGGCAACUAUUUUGCGCAAAUCAGGGGUCUUGCCAUGGGACAACGGUUGGCGCCAACGCUCGCCAUUGCUUUCAUGGCUAAGAUUGAGGCACCGAUUUGGGAAACACGACCUUUGCUAUAUUGCCGAUAUAUCGACGACUGUUUCCUUGUCUGUUCGUCUCAAGCAGAGAUGGACAACUGUUUCAAGAUUUUAAAUGAGCAGUCGGAGUAUAUAAAGUUCACUCGGGAUAAGCCCAAAGGAGAAUGGUUACCCUUCCUCAACGUCCAAGUGCAUAUUUCAAACAGAACGCACAGGACAAAGUGGUACCGCAAACCCAGUAGUAAAAAUAUCCUAGUUCACUUUCUUUCUGCCCACCCCACACAAGUUAAAAGGUCGGUAGUACGAAACAUAUUUCGCACGGCCACCUCCGUUUGCACUGGAAGAGAAGAAAGACGAGAAUCUAUCGAGCUUGCUAGGAAAAUUGCGGUCAGUAACGGCUACACACCUAUGCGGUCUAUCACAAAAAGAGCUGAAACCCGAAAUAAAUCUGGUAUGGAGAAAGUACCCUUUUGCGUACCGUUUAUUUCCGAUGAGGCUAGCACUGCUAUUCGGCGGUGUCUGAGGAAAGCUAAACUUGAAGAAUCUGUCGCCACCGUGGAGCUCCCCCCUAGUAAUCUUUAG